AUGAUUGGUGCUGCGCGGAAUCGGCUCCUCCCCCUCGCCCAACUUACUACCCGUCACAUAAAAGACGCAAGACCAAGUAGACUGGCAUGCCUCUGGGUCCUCCCAUCAGAGGAGGUCACUGCAGCCGCUGAGACUGUGACAGUUACACCAAGUGAGGUCAUGGCAACUGAGGCUGACGAGCCCACCAUACAGGCAGCAGCUGAGACUGUGACAGACACACGAAGUGAGGUCAUGGUAACUGAGGCUGACGAGGAAGAAGAGCCCACCAUACAGAAUGGAUUCUACGAGGCUGGUACACCAACAAUUCUUUUCCGUACUUUGCCAAUGAGCAUGCUGGACGCUACACGGAGCCUACUACUUGCUUCCAAUGAGGAGACAGAUGCUGAAGUACCAGAGGAAAUCCCUGAGGUGAACCUCAGUAACAACAUAGACCCAACUUCAGGCGUACCAUCCCUAGGUGAGACCAUCAGGGAGCAUGCGAGCCUCUUUAUCAGUCAGGAUAUGGAGGAUCCUUUUCACAUAGAGGUGCGAAGGAGCCAUGUUUUUAGGGACGCUCUUCAGUCAAUUCGUUUUGCUCAAGGGGACCUCCACAGCCCUUUACGGCUGACCUUAACUGGAGAGGAGGGUGUUGACCUUGGGGGUCUACGGCGUGAAUUUUGGUCGCUGUUCCUGAACCAGGCCACAAUGUCCUCACUCUUCACAGGCAAGGCUGGCCGCUUGACUUUAGCCAAAAACUACAUUGAGCUGAAGCGGGGCACCUUUCGCCACCUUGGGCAGCUUGUGGCCCUCUCCAUCCUCCAAGACGGGCCUGGACUGCCGAUUUUUGCUGAUGUUGUUGUCAACCACCUGCUAGACAGGAGAGUCGGUCUGGAUAUAGAGGACCUGCCAGACAGUCUUGUGAAUUCACUGAAGGAGAUGGACGAUUCACCAGACCGGGAGCUGGCAGGCCUCUACAGCAACCUCUUUGAUGAGGCUUGUGCAGCAGGAUUUAGCCUGCCAACAAACCGGUUCAGCAGGGCUCAUAUCCCGCUGCUGAAAGGCGCCUUUGUUGAAAACCUGCUGGGAGGUUGCCUGGCAGAAAUGGAGCAAUUCAAGGAAGGUCUGCAGACACACCAGAUCCUAGAUGUUCUGCAGGGUAACAAAGAUGGGGUCUUCCUCUUUCUGAGUGGCAGGAAGAAGGAGGUCACUGCAGCAGCAGUCCGAGAUCUGCUGCAGUUCAACUACAGAGAAGGAAAACACAGGCAGCUAGAUGAGGAAACAGCCCAGGGAUCUGCUGCUACGGUGAAUGGCUUCACUUUGAAGCCGCAUGAUGUUCUAAUGUGGAUGACGGGUGCUAGAGCCAUCCCUGCCAUCGGCUUCCACAAGAAGAUUGAAGUCUUCUUCGGUGAAGCAACCAGGGUAAACACAUGUGCCCUGGUUGUCACUCUUGGACCUCGCCCACCAGCAAUUGAAAACAUUGUUCAAUAUUACACUGAACUGGUUAUGAACAGUAACACAUUCCAGUUACAGUGA